GAGCAGACAGAGACCACCCAGGAGAGCCCGAGGAGAACGUCCUCCUCUGCCAGGCCCUGCAGACCUUCUUCCCCAGCUCUGGGCUCCAGACAUGUGUUGUGUCCUUCCAGGGCCGACAGGUGGCCAGGAACUGCUGCAGCACUGACCACAAGAUUAACGUCAGGGACAAACUGACUCUGAUGGUGGAGCAAAAGGAGUGCCCUGAGGCUGAGCCGAGACUCCCCACCAAGCGCAGAGUCAGAGGCACCACAGCAGGAUCCAAGUCAGUCAAGAAAUCCAGACCACUGAAGCUUCACCACAAACUACUUGGAGACCAAGAGGACAGUGACCAGGAAAGGAAGCUUACACUGAGCAGCACUGAAACAGAUGAGGAUGUGCUGGAGAAAGUCAGAGACACAAAUGAAUACCCACACUCCCCUACUUUUUGA